AUGUACAUAUCAGUCAAUGGUAAUAUUGGCCAGUCAUGUGGGCUGAACAACGUGAAAGCUGACAUCGACGUCCUGGUGAAAAAGAAUCUCGGCCUGGUGCCGCCCGAAAUGAAAAGCCUCCGAGAGAAAACUAUUUGGUUCUUCAAUGAGGGUUGCGAUGAAGAGUUUAAUGAGGAAAACUACAAUGACGAAUAUGAUGAGGACGGAAAUCAUUGUAAUAGGCGGAUGGAUAUUGAUUGUAUUGACGAUAUGGAUUACUUCAAUGAGAACUGUGUUGAUGAUUAUUAUGAGGAAAACUACAAUGACGAAUAUGAUGAGGACGAAUAUCAUGAUGACAAUUGGAUGGAUAUUGAUGGUAUUGACGAUAUGGAUUACGUCAAUGAGAACUGUGUUGAUGAAUAUUAUGUCGAAAACUACAAUGACGAAUACGAUGAGGACGAAUAUCAUGAUGACAAUUGGAUGGAUAUUGAUUGUAUUGAAGAUAUGGAUUACUUCAAUGAGAACUGUGUUGAUGAGUAUUAUGAGGAAAACUACUAUGACAAAUACGAUGAGGACGAAUAUUAUUAUGACAAUGGGUUGGAUAUUGAUUGUAUUGAAGAUAUGGAUUACUUCAAUGAGAACUGUGUUGAUGAUUAUUAUGAGGAAAACUACUAUGACAAAUACGAUGAGGACGAAUAUUAUUAUAACAUUUGGACGGAGAGUGAUUGUAAUGAAUAUGAAUAUGGAUUUCACGACAGCUGUUGUAAUGAGAUUAGUAUGAAAUGCUACUUUGUUUUAACCGAUGAAGACGAAAUUCAUUCUAUCAAAUUUGAUGGUGAUGGUAAUAAUGAUACGGUUGGCUUCAACGAGAUCUGCGAUGAUAAGGUUUAUGUUGAAAACUGCCAUGCCGGCCCAAAUUUCGAUCCAAUUUACAAUCACGAAACGUAUACAUAUUUCACAAACAUUGGACGUAAAAUGGACAGGGCACUUUGCGUUUUUAGAAAUUUUAUUUCCGUGUUCUAUUUUAGAACAAAUUUUCUGUGGACACGUAUACCUUGCACCGAUUUGAGACCAUUUAUCAAUGGAAGGUGUAUACGUAACAUCGUUUAUAAUGGACUGGCUUAUGUGUGUGCUAUGUAGAAUGACCCAACUGGAACAAUAAACUGAUAGUUAGGAAACCAGCUUAGUCUGAUUUCAUACACUUGUUUACAAAGAAGCUUCAGAAUACAGUUUAAAAGCAAUGAAAGCCAGACACAUGUAUUAAUGAUUUAGUAGACUUUCAAUGUAACACAAUGUUUAGGGUUAUGUUGUUAUUAGAAACUCUCUUGUUUUUAGUUACUCUUAAAUUAUUUGCUUAAGAAAUGUUUAUACAAACGAGUACCCAAAGUGUUUUUAGCAAAGAA